AUGUCUCCAUACCGAUUGGUCUAUGGCAAAGCCUGUCACUUGCCUGUCAAACUGGAACAUCGUGCUUAUUGGGCCAUCAAGGCCAUGAACUUUGAUUAUGAUCAAACAGGUGAGCGUAGGACACUUCAACUUAAUGAGUUGGAAGAACUUAGAAAUGAUGCCUAUGAGAGUUCGAGGAUUUAUAAAGCUAAGACUAAAUUGGAACAUGACAAACAAAUUUUAAGAAAGGAGUUUUUCCAAGGCCAAAAGGUUCUUUUGUAUAACUCCCGUCUUGCAUUGUUUCAUGGGAAGUUGAGGUCACGAUGGUCUGGUCCAUAUUAUGUACUCAUGGUGCCAUUGAGGUACAAGAUCCCAAAACUGGAAAGCUGUUUAAAGUCAAUGCUCAUCAUUUAA